AUGUCUAAAACUCAACAAGCAGCUACACCUAAAUCAGAAGUACAAAUCGUUGAGUUUCAACAACAAACUCGUUCUGAACCUUUGGAAAUACCUCCUCUUGCAUUGUCUCUUCCAAGUUCAGUUCAGGAAGAGUUGAUGAAGGAUGACUUCAUCUAUGUCCCUCCACAAGAGGAAACACAACAAACAUCUAAUAAUGACUGCCCUCAAGAAGCUGAAAAGCAGGGUGUUAUAAUAUCUCUUACGAGUUCUAUAAUUGAAGACUUAAUGAAAGAUGACUAUGUGUAUGAAGUUUCUAAUGAAGAACCUGCAAAAGAACAAGAACAACAAGCCCAAGAACCAACGGUGCAACAAGAAUCACAACAAGAAGCACCUGUUAAUGUACCUCUGGAACAGCCAUGCGAAGAACCAACAGAGCAACAAUCCAAACAAGAAGCACCUGUGGAUGUCUGCCCUCCAGAACCCAACAAGCAGGGUGUUACGGGGUCUAUUACAAGCUCUGUUAUUGAACAAUUUUUCAAAGAUGCCGGUGUCUAUCAAGUUUCUGAUGAAGAACAAUCCAAAGAACCUCCGGUGGCACGGCAAUCAGAAAAAGAAACUCUAAUCUUGUCAUCAUUUGACAGAUAUGUUACUUGCUUUUCUUUAAUAUCAUUUUUGUUUAAUAUCAUUUCGGUUCACUGUUAGUUUGGAUUUGGGUUCACUAUUUGUUUGUA